AGGACACCAGCAGUGGUGACUAAAGCAUAAGAUGUCGGUGAUGGUGGUGGAGACUAAACCAGAUGAUGUCGACGAUGGCGGUGGAGACAGGAAAAGAAGCAUUUGACUAUGGUAAAACCAGGAUCAUUGAAGAAGUUCUUCCCUGAACUUGAAACGAUGGAUAUGGCGAUUGGAGCGGUGUUGAUGGAAAUCGGACCCACACUCUUCAGAUCCGAACUUCUUCAAAGUUGUACCUGCAAAGGAGGAAUCCUAUUGAGGUUUGCCAUGAGGGGUAUACUGAGUACUAGGCUCGAAUUAGGUUGGUAAAAAAAAUGGAAAUCAAGAAAUCCCUUCCCUUUGAAAAUGGAGAAAGAUGAAAAAAAUACCAUCUUGAAAGAUUUAGGCCAGGUCAAUAUCUGCGUCAACCAUGUGACCUGCUAACUUGUUGGUGACUGCCUAAGAGGCUCAAUUGGGUGUUUUUUAUACUUUAGGGAUUUAAUUGAAUGAUUUUAUAGUACAGGGACCUAAUUGACUUUUUUGACAAAAUACAGGGACUAAUUUGACAAUUUUCCCUAAAUAAUAAUACCAACAUUAAGUUCACUAGUCAAUCAACCCGUGCGUUGCACGGUAGAAUUCACUUAAAUAGCUCGUUUGAUGAGUAAUGCAUAUUUUUUUAUAUAAUCAAAUUAAAGAUAUAAAAAUGUGUAAGAAAGAUAUUUCAUAUUGUUUUGAAAUAUAUACUCCACAAUUCAUAACUAAUGAUUGAUAAAUUGAAAUAUAAUGUUCCACAUUUUGAAAAUUUUAUUCAUACGCCACCUUAGUUUUGAAGUUUGCAGUUUGUGCCUUGUGUUAAAAAAAUAGAGAAACACGACCUUUGAUUUAUGUACAAUUAAAUACUUAAUCAUCAUAGAAUAAGUGCUCAUACAUAUAUAAACUAAGAUAAUACCUAUGCUAAUUUUGUAAGAGAUGUACAGAACAUUACCUCUUUCGUGAGUUACGCCUCACUACUUGUUUAUCUCAUUUUUAUUUGAAUUACCAAGUUUGUUUCAUACUAUAUUAGGUGAUAUUGGUUGUGCUUCAAACUUAUUCUUAUGAAUCUUACUUUGAUAAUCAAAACCAAUUUCAUAAGUGCACUUUUGUUAUAAUGUGUGUGGCUUGCACAUGUUAUCUUAGAGAUAGUACAACAUCAUGGAAGUGGUAUUAGUACAUAGUUAUUGAUAGGAAAUAUGUGCUCGAACCCCUGGUCUGCAACUAUUAGGCUUGGACAACACACAUAUGUCGAGUAAUUAGCCUUUUACAUUGUAUAUAUUGGGAAAUACCUCUUUAUUACAAUAAAGAUGAUUGUGUUCUAUAUUCAUAGAUGUAUGUAGUGGUCAUGAAAGACUUGUUUAUAUUGUUAUCAUAUUCAAAAUUAUUGUUUUCAUAUAAUUGUUUUAUAAAAAUAAAUUGUAAUAAAAAAUAACAUUUACAUUAUCUUAUUAAUUUAUUUCCGAAAAUUAUAGAAUUAUUAAAUACUUAUAAGUUAAAAAUGUUAAUACUUGUCAUAAAAGUGUUGGGCGCCUAGUUGUUGGGCGCUGGGCUAGCGCCGGACUAGCGUCUAACGCCUUUUAAAACAUAGGAUGGAAUCCACCCUCUAUGUGGGUGAUUAGCUCAAAAUUAUGAUUGGAAUGUAAUUUUCUGGAUUGUGUUGUACUUUGCAUGUUUCAUGAUAUUUUAGUAUUACUCAUUUAUAAUUUAAAAAAAUACUUCGUGUUAAAUCUCUAUUUGCAUAUAUGCAUAAUGCAUGAAUACAUGCACGUAGCUUUAAGUUAUUAGUAGAUAUUUAGAUUAAACAAAAUAACCCAAGUGAUCCAAUGCAUUUGGGUUAGAUUGUCAGAUAAAGUAUUCAGGUAAUUAAGAGCGUGCAUGCCCUUUCUGCUCUCCCUCCCUCACCUUAUCUGAUCUCAUCUUCUUCCAUCAAUUCUUGAGAGAGGGAGACACCCAUUGCCCCCGGCCGGCCGUUCCAUGCACGUUACAAACUUCUAAUUCCCCGGCCAAAAAAAUUAAAGAUCUGGUGGGUGAUUACCAAUCGUCAAGGGAUUAUUAUUAAUUAUUCAAUGUACGCACUCUAAUAAGAUUAUUAGCUAGCUUCCAUCAGAGGACAUCUUCUUUGUCUUCAAAUAUACAUCCAAUUUAUUAGCUUGUAGUAUUCAUCUGAGGUAUUCUAAAAUAUCAGAAUUAUUACCUUUGGAAAAAAUGGGUGCUUGUGUGUCGACUCAAUCCCAAAUGAUUGGGAUGAGGAAGAAGCGCCUCUUCAAGCGGCGGCGUGGGAAGACGGCCAUUCGGGCUGCUGGGGAUGGGGUAACUGAUUUUUCUAUCAGUGAAUUUGUUCAUACCACCACCACAACCUGUCGACGAUCCGCCGUGUCCAACUCCACCUUCCACCUCACUCAGCGACAAUGGCAGCAUACCCAAAAAGGUUCUAAUGUGAUUAACCAAGAAGAGGCAUGGUUUGACACUUCUAGCAUUCUGGAUUCUGAAUCAGAUGAGGACUUCAGUAGUGUUUAUGGAGAUUUUUUCCCAGGCAGGUUAAGUGGGCAAGUGGUACAAUAUGAAAUCCAUGAAAGAUAUCUAAAGCUGGAUGUGAGUAAAACAGAAAACAAACUCACAGGGAGAGAUAUCAAGGAGCCAAUAGGACUUGCCCUUUUAACUGCCACACGCUACGGACCGAAAAAAUUGGACCGCGGUUAUGGAAGCUUCAAUUCUUUGAAAUCUGAUCCAGCAGGCGAAAGCGGCUUCAAAGCUGUGUUGCCUAAGUUGGGCGCUUCUUUUAGCUUCAAUGACAAAAUCAUUAGUGCAUCCAAUGUUGGAAUUUGCUCUCAAACUAGGAAAUCCACUGUCAUAAGGUUAUCUGUAACCAGGACACAGGUUGAUGGACAUGAGGCAGAUGUUCUUUGUUCACCAAAAAAAUACCUUUACCGUCCAAGAGCUGGGCUUUUAAUUCCUCGUUGUACUGAAGAGAAAGCGAGCUCAGGAACUUGGUCUGCAAUUCAACCCUCAAAUUUUAAGCUCCGGGCUGAGAGUUAUUUUGCAGACAAGAAGAAAUUACCUGCCCCAACCUUUUGUCCUUAUACUCCCAUUGGAGUUGAUCUAUUUGUGUGUCCAAGAAAGAUCAACCACAUUGCACAGUACCUUGAACUUCCUUCUGCAAGCACAGAUGAAAACCUUCCUUCUUUACUCAUAGUUAACAUUCAGCUGCCUUCAUAUCCACCUGCAAUGUUUCUCGGAGAUUGUGAUGGGGAGGGAUUGAGCCUUGUGUUGUAUUUCAAACUUUCUGAAGGUUAUGAGAAAGAAAUAUCCCCUCAAUUUCAAGACAGCAUUAAGAGAUUAGUUAAAGAUGAAAUGGAAAAGGUUAAAGGAUUUGCAAAAGAUUCAAUGGUUUCAUAUAGAGAAAGGUUGAAGAUAAUGGUUGGAGUGGUAAAUCCUGAUGGUCUUGUAUCAAAUUCAACAGAGAGGAAACUUCUAAAUGCAUACAACGAAAAGCCAGUGCUUUCCCGCCCUCAACACAACUUCUACCAAGGUUCGAAUUACUUUGAGAUUGAUUUGGACAUCCACCGCUUCAGUUUCAUUGCAAGAAAGGGACUUGAUGCAUUCAGAGAACGCUUAAAAGACGGAAUUCUGGAUCUUGGUUUGACAAUCCAGGCGCAAAAACAGGAAGAGUUGCCUGAGAAAGUGUUGUGUUGUUUAAGAUUAAACAAGAUCGAUUUCGCAGAUAAGGGGAAAAUCCCAACACUGAUGAGGGUAGAGGAUAAUGAGACUUCCCAGAGCGGCAUUCGUGGACUGCUAACAGAUGCAUGAGGAAAUAUAUGUGAUUAUAUCUUAGCAUUAAAUAUGAGUUUGAUACUGCAAAGUACCCAAGGAUGCAAGCAAGCAAUUACAUUCUUCUUCUUUUCGCUAACAUGUAUAAAAUGUAAAGUUAAAAAGUUAAAUUGAAAAAAAAAAAAAGAAUUGUUAUAUUAUCAUGUCAAAGGAUCAGGUCAUGGAAUAUUGUAAAUUGUGAUGAAUUCCAUGUAAAAAAAUCCACUAAUUUUGAGUUUAAUGAUUAUUUAAUUUGUUCACCUUUAUUCACUCAAUAAUCAUUAUGUAUAGAAU